CUUUAUGAUUUAAGGACAAACCAAUUAGUAAAUACUUUUCAAAGACAAAAUUUAAACAACUUAAAUCUUCUAGCCGAUAUUCCUGAUAGUUUCACAAUAUCAAAAAAUAUCAAAUUAUUAGCAUAUAAAUCUGGAAAUCAGAUCAAGUUAUACUUGAUUGAAAGUAGUCUUGAGCUAGCAUCUAUAAUGCUUGAGACUGGCGGAACAUCCUUUGCUGAUUAUUUUAUGUACUUCCUUGACAAUGAUGAGAGAUUAUUAAUAUAUCAGUCAGAAAGUAAAUGGUCUAUCUGGAAUAUUUUUAGCUCAAUACAAGAAUCAAUUAAACUUGAAGGUCAAUUUAAUUUGAAUCUUCAUACUAAAAAUAUUUUUUGGAAAACUAAUUAUCAAUUGGUGCAAUCGAACACUUUAAUAGCCGUUAUUAAGAACAAGGAAGAAGAUCUACAAGUUAAUCUUUCAGAAGAUAAGCGAAUUUAUG